CCUUUGUGCUGCAAUCUCGCACGUGCCGUGUAGAAAAUAGAUUUAAGAAUCCCCGUCGGAUUCAUUCAUCGGUGUGAUAUCGUGGAAGCAACAUGGUUUAUGAAACGUCAUAUGCUUCUGGGACAAAGCCCUUUUCUCCAGAUCCUAAGCGAGGGAAAUGGGAAAAACCGACCGACUACCUAUUUGCCUGUUUUGGAUUGGCAUUAAAGUUGGAUAUCUUCGAGGUCUCGUACUGGUUCUUUUUCAAUAUCGGCUUUGUUGGUAUGCUGCCGUAUUUUUUGUAUAUGGUGAUCUACUUGGUACCAAUCCUGGUCGUUCAUUCCUUCAUGGGACAGUUCUCCAGCAGUGGUUUCAUCGCCGCCUUUCGACUGGCUCCACUUUUUAAGGGCAUGGGCUAUGUUAGCAUUUUUCUGACCUUUACCACGCUAAUUUACUACAGCAUGUUUGUUGCCAUUCCACUUCUCUUCCUCAUUAAUUCCUUUCGACCCACUUUGCCUUGGAGUUGCGAAGGACUAAAGUCGUGGCACAAUCGAACUGAUGAAUAUCCAACACUUUGUCAUCCGACAAUAUACAAACAGCACGAAAACUACACAUUAGGGGUUGAAGCACCAUCGCGUCUUUAUUUUGAUUAUAUUCGCCAGGAUUAUUUUAACACGGAUAAAAGGUUCGACAUAUCGCGGCCUUUGAUCGGCCUUUUUACUCUAUCUUGGGCCUUAAUUGCAAUAAUUUUUUACCAUUUCUCGGAGCCUGCAAAGUUUGGAAAGUGUAUUCGUUACAUGGUUAUUACGACCAUGGUUCUAGUUGUUGUGUGCUUCGUACGCUUCCUAUUUCUUCCAGGAUCCCAUAAGCUACUGUGGAUGUAUAUAACUCCGAAUACAAAGGAUUUUUCGGAGGGAAUUUAUUCGACUUUUAUAAUGGCUCUACAAGCCUUUGGAGCUGGCUGGGGUAGUGUAAUAGCCCUGUCCAGUUUCAACGGAUUUAAGACAGACAUAAUGUCGUAUAGUUGGAUUAUUUCGUUCGGUCAGAUCUUCAUUUACAUUAUGUUUGGCUUGGUUUCCUUUAUGUUGGAACAAUAUUAUAAAGAUAUAAGCGAUACCAUUGUUUUCCACAGAAUAAUGAAUUUUUGGGUGCUGUUCUUGUCUAGUGCAAGUGCCUUGAAUACUUUGGGUUGGCCGAACUUAUGGACCUUUAUUUACUAUUCUAUGUUGCUAUUGGCUUCUCUGACUGUCAUUGCAACUCAACUCUUUACAGUCUUGCAAAGUUUAUUUGACGAGUUUGAAAAGCUUAAAGAAAGAAAACAGGAAGUAACUUUUGGCAUAAUUUGUGGUCUUGCAAUCUGCUCCUUUUUCUUUUGCACCGAACAUGGUAGCUUUUACUUCGCCAUUUUGGGUAUUGAUGUUAUAUUAGCACACAGUUUGCUGCACUUACUGUUACUUUUGGUUGUGUUGUGGAUCUAUGGCCAAAAACGCUUCCAGCGGGAUAUUGAGUUUAUGUUGGGCCAGCCCUUUGCCUCCUGGAAGGUUUUUAUACUUCGCUAUACAGCUCCAAUAGUAUUUUUAAUAUGCAUGAUAUUGGGCAUAAUCGAGUGCAUACGAGUUCACUUCUUCUUUAAGGAAGUGUUCCUCGUACUAGGCAUUAUACUUGUCGUGUUGCCCUUUUUGGCAAUACCUGGUUAUGGAUUUUACUACCUGAGACAGAGUCCUGGCACCUUUUUGGAGCGUCUAAAGCGCUCCUGCCGACCCACAGAUUGGUAUCCGGUUGAGAUGAAACAUCGUCAGCAUUACGGGGAUCGUGUCGGAAAUAUUGAGAUGACCGACCAUCUUUUCAAUGGUAUCGAAGAGGUGAACUAGGGGAAAUAUUAAUAUAUGCAAAUAUUUGAACAAAACUGAAACUCUUUGGAACUUUAUUUAUAUUAUGGAUCCGAUAUAUAUUAAUAUAAAUUUUCAAUU